CGCCAAGAAUCAAAACAAUAUACUACAUUGAAGAAGGCACGACUGUGACUUGUUAAUAACGCGUUAUACAUAUUGAUGAGCUUUUGUCAAUUAUCAACGAAAGACCGCAAGCCAUAUGCAAUUGCAUCAAGCUUACUUUUAAACAGAUCAAUAUGUUUCUCUAUCUGACGGUCUUAUUCGUUAUAUUGAUCAUUAUUUUUGCAAGGUCUUACUCCCGGAUCUCAAAUCGAGAUAAUGCAGGACCUGGACUGCACUUGCCGAGAGUACAACUUGUCGCCAGGACAACCACAUCAAGGAGGCUUUCCGAAGGGAAUGUGAUACAGGAUGGUAAACAUGUGAAAGAGGUAUCUUCAGUGGAAAACAAUAUAACUAAAAAGAUAAAUGAUGCUGGGAAGGAUAUCGAUAAAGGUAUUCUGUUGCUUGAAUGUACUACCGAGGAUGAGGAUGACAAGUUUGUUGCAGCAGAAGAUUCUGAUGUUUCAAUACAGCAAGCGGUUGCGAAUAAGACCUCUUCAAAGGAUAAGGAUAAUCAAGAACAUAUUUUGGAGGCUCUACAAUACUUUGGGCAAAAGAGUCCAGGAAUUCCUCAGCCAAAACCUAACACCACUAAUAUAUACAAUUUGAUUUUACAAGAAACCUUAAAGGAGUGUAGUAGUACGACGAAGGAUAAUAUCUCCAGCAUCAACAAGAAUAAGAUAGAAGUUGAGAAACCAAAGAGACCAAUCAAGAAAGAGAAUUCAGAAGGAAAGGCAGAUUUCAAUAGUUUGCAAACCAUACUGGAUAUAGUAAUUCGCGAAGAUAGUUCAAAAAACAUCGACUGAAAUCCACAAUGUAAACGUAAUAAAAACCCUGGAGCCUUUCUGAAA